AUGCCAGACGGGUCCUUUGUCGAGCCGUUCGAGACCCAAGGAUGGUCGUCGCAACUCGUCUUCUACCUCAACGGCACCCGCAUCGCGCUCGACGGAUCCUCGAUCGAUCCCGACACCUCGCUGCUGUCCUUCAUUCGCUCCCAACCGGGGUUGACCGGCACCAAGCUCGGAUGCGGUGAAGGAGGAUGUGGUGCUUGCACCAGUGAGAUGUUAUUGUGGCUUUCCCAGUGUCAAUCGCUGCAGUAGUGGCUAAUCUCCUUGGCCGUUUUGCUCUGUGUCGCCGCGCUUAUCAUGACGAUCAGUUGUCGUCCAGUCCAAGCAUCCUGUACAAGGCCACAUCCAGUCAGUUUGACAUUUUGAAGCCUCACACCAUCAUCAAGGUCAAUACUGACCUGUGAAUCUCCAACCCUACAGACAUCUCGCUGUCAACGCAUGCCUUGCACCUUUGAUAAGUGGUCCGUAGCCCCCCGGCCCCUCCCCCCCUCCGACGCCCACCCCGCCGAUUGCCGAAUCUCGCUCUCCGAGGACUCCGAGCUGACCCCAACUUUUCAAUCUUGUGGGCGCGCUCAGUCGAGGGAAAGCAUGUCAUCACUGUCGAGGGUCAGUCGAGACUUGCACUCUCAUACUAAUGACCGAUUUGCCAAGUAGCUGACUUCACACCUUUCCCCUCAGCCCUCGGCAACUCGGAGAACCCUCACCCGCUUCAGGAGCGCAUGUGGAAACUGUCCGGGUCCCAGUGCGGGUUCUGCACGCCCGGCAUCGUCAUGUCCGUCUAUGCUCUGCUCCGUGAAGCCGCCUACCGUGGUCAAUUGACCGUAGAGGACGUCGAGCUUGAGGGUGUACUCGAUGGCAAUCUCUGUCGAUGGUCAGUCCACCCCAUGUUCCAAUCAAAAGCCUGAUGCUGACGAUCGGUCAUCUCGAUACACUGGCAGCACUGGAUACGCUCCAAUUCUCGUCGCGGUCAAGUCCUUCGUCGGAGACUACCUCACCAAGGUGAAUGGAAAUGGCGCGGAAGCCUCCUCAGGAGCCAAGGUCGAUGACUCGCUUGUCGUUCCGUUCAACUUUGACGCUUCGGGAUUGGACAAUGAGGAUGCAACCAAGAAGGCCAAAGCGGGCGCCUGCUGCGGAUCGAACGGAUGCUCAGAGGCCAGCACAGACGUGUCGAUGCCCGUCCCUUCGGGUAAGGAUAGUUCCGAGCCCCCGAUCGAUGCGACCGCCGGUGCAAUGGGUCGAACAGCGCCAACCGGAUCGAGCACCGACAUCAAGCCUACCAAGCCAAAGGGGUGUGGCCGAGCCGAUUGCUGUCAGCUUGACGGAGGCAAAGGACCCGCUUCGACUGCGCCUACGCAUUCCUUCCCUCGGUUCGAGUUCAAGCCUUAUCGGCCUGGCGUCGAGCUCAUCUUUCCCCCGGGUCUGCAAUCGCACAAGCUCGCGCCAAUCAAGUUCGGUUCCAAGGGCAGGAUGUGGCUCCGACCGACGACGCUCGACCAGCUCCUGUCGCUCAAAGCCCAGUACCCUGACGCCAAGCUCGUUGGUGGUUCGUCCGAGAUCGCGAUUGAAGUCGGUAUUCUCGGUCGAAAGUACCCUGUCUGCCUCUUCGUGUCGGACAUUCCCGAGCUGUACGCGAUCGAGUUGCCGGACCUCAAAUCGGACAAGCCGACUUUCACGUUUGGCGCCAACACGCCCUUGAGCGAGAUCGAACAGGUCUGCAAGGACCUGACCAAAUCGUUGCCCAAGACUCAAGCCGGUCCCUUCAAGGCAAUCAAGGAUCAGCUACGUUACUUUGCCGGCCGACAAGUGCGCAACACGGCUUCCGUCGCGGGAAACAUCGCGACUGCAUCGCCCAUCUCGGAUUUAAACCCCGUCUGGCUCGCCACCGGGGCGACCCUGAUUGCGAGGAACGAGUCGCGGGGCGAGUUUGAACUUCCUCUCGCCUCCUUCUUCGUCGGGUACCGCAAAACAACAUUGCCUGCGGAUGCGAUCAUUGUGAGGAUCAUCGUCCCCGUCAACACGUCGAGCGAUACCGAGGUAGUGCGUGCCUAUAAGCAAGCUAAGCGAAGGGACGACGAUAUCUCGAUCGUCUGCGCGUGCAUGGCGAUGCGAGUCGAUGCAGAUGGCACCAUCAAGUCGGCCAAGCUUGCCUACGGAGGCAUGGCUCCCUUCACGAUUGCCGCCACCAAGACGCAGGAAUACCUCGUCGGCAAGAGUAUCACCUCGGACACACUCGAAGGUGCCCUGGAUGUCCUUGCCAAAGAGUUUGAUCUCGCGUUCGAUGUACCCGGUGGGAUGGCGGCCUACCGACGGACUUUGACGCUGUCCUUUUUCUUCAAAUUCUUCGUCACGGUCUCGAUCGAGUCGGGUCGACCCCUCGACGUCGCCAAGGAGCUAUCGAGUACCGAGGAAAUCACCGAGUCGAUUCACCGCUCCAUUAGCUCUUCGACGCGUGACAACUCGGACCCCUAUGCCCUUGAAGUGGUGGGCAAGCAAGAACCGCACAUGUCGGGGUUGAAGCACGUGACGGGAGAAGCGAUUUACUGCGACGACAUCCCUUCCAUUGCCAACGAGGCGUACGUCGGACUCGUCCUGUCGCAGCGCGCUCAUGCCAAGAUCGUCUCGGUCGAUGCGUCCGAGGCGCUCGAGCAAGACGGUGUCGUGGGCUUUGUCGACCACAACGACGUGCCGAACGAACGAGCCAACUGGUGGGGUUCGGCCGCGAUCGACGAGACGUUCUUCGCUACCGACGAAGUCAUCUCCCACGGUCAAAUCAUCGGUGCCGUCGUGGCCAAGACCAAGUUGAUCGCCGCCAAGGCCGCUCGAUUGGUCAAAGUAGAGUACGAGGACCUCCCCGUCAUCUUGACAAUUGAGGAGGCCGUCGCUGCCGGGUCGUUCCACCCUCAGUACGAUCGCAGGAUUUCAAGGGGUGACGAGAUCUCGAAAGCCAUGUCCGAGUCCGAGUGCACGCUUGAGGGAGCGACUAGGAUGGGUGGGCAAGAGCACUUCUACCUCGAGACGAUGGCAUCGUUGGUAGUCCCGAAGAGGGAAGGCGGUGAGGUCGAGGUCUACUCGUCGACGCAGGCCCUAAACGACACCCAGCGGUGGGUCGCACAAAUUAUGGGCGUACCUCGCAACCGCGUCGUCGCCAAGGUCAAGCGACUUGGUGGUGGCUUCGGUGGCAAAGAGACGAGGAGUGCCAUGUUGACCGCGGUGUGUGCCUUGGCGGCCAAGAAGACGAAGAGACCCGUUCGAGCCAUGUUGGAUCGAGACGUCGAUAUUCGAACGACCGGUCAACGCCACCCUUGUCUCGGAGAGUGGAAGGUCGGCUUCACCAAGGAGGGCAAGUUGACCGCAUUGGACGUGCAGUUCUAUGCCAACGCUGGCUACUCGCUCGAUAUCUCUGGAGGUGUGUGCGAUCGAGCUUUGGCUCACCUCGAGAACUCGUACUGGAUCCCUCACGUCGACGUCCGUGCUCGAUGCUGCAAGACCAACACCGUGUCCAACACCGCGUACCGAGGUUUCGGUGGUCCGCAAGGCAUGAUCGUCGCCGAGCAUUACCUCGAAGCCAUUGCCGAGCACCUCAACCUCGAUAUCGACCACGUGCGUAAGAUCAACCUUUACAAGGAAGCUCAAAAAACGCCUUACCACCAAAAGGUCCUCGAUUGGCAUGUCCCUCGAUUGUUGGAGGAUUGCCGAAAAGAGAGCGAUUACGAUCAGAGGAAACAGGCUGUUGAGCAGUUCAACAAAGAGCACAAGUAUAGGAAGCGUGGGAUCGCGCUUGUGCCGACCAAGUUUGGGUUGGCGUUUGGUGUCAAGGCGAUGAAUCAGGGAGCUGCUUUGGUCCAUGUUGUGAGUUUUGCGUGUCUCCUAGCUUGAUUGAGAAGGGGAAGCAGGUGGCUGACGGAGGGGCCCGAUCAUCCGCAGUACAUGGACGGGUCGGUCCUUGUCGCUCACGGUGGAACGGAGAGUGAGUGGUUCGACAGCUACACCUGGCAAAUAUGAACGAGUUCUGAUGCUCUUGUACGCCUCGCAGUGGGUCAAGGUCUAUACACCAAGUGCUGCCAAGUCGCGGCGCAGGAGCUUCAAGUGCCCCUCUCCUCGGUCUUUACGUCCGAGUCGGCGACCAACACCGUGCCCAACGCGGUUCCCACAGCUGGUGAGUUCGAAAGUCUCUACAUGAAUUGAUCGAUGGCGUCACUUACAUGCGAGAGAGUACUCGACCUCAUAGGUUCGGCCGGUUCGGAUCUGCAAGCUUACGCGGUGUACAAUGCUUGCGCCGAGCUCAACAAGCGCCUCGAACCGUAUCGUCAAAAGCUCGGCCCCGACGCCUCGUUCGCCGCCUUGGCCGGUGCAGCAUGGGGUGAUCGCAUCUCGCUCUCCGCGACGGGUCAUCACGCCACGCCUGACCUAGGCUACGUCUGGAACGAGCAAAAAGAAACGGGCAACUUGUUCCACUACUUCACUCAAGGUGUUGCCGCUGCCGAAGUCGAACUCGACACCUUGACGGGUGACCACACCGUCCUGCGAGUCGAUCUCAAGAUGGACGUUGGCAAAUCCCUGAACCCCGCCAUCGAUUACGGUCAAAUCGAAGGCGCUUUCGUGCAAGGUCAAGGGUGGUGCACGAUCGAAGAAUCGCUUUGGCUCAAGAACGGCGCGAUCCAAACCGUUGGUCCAGGGGCGUACAAAAUUCCCGGCUUCGCCGAUAUCCCCCAAGUCUUCAACGUCGCUUUAUUGAAAGAUGCCGAAUGGCCCAACUUGGGGUCCAUCAAAGCCUCGAAAGGGAUUGGUGAACCGCCUUUCUUCCUUGGGUGUUCGGUGUUUUUGGCGCUCAGGCAAGCGGUCAAAUCGGUGAGAAUGGAUCAGGGUAUUCAGAAGAGUGCCGAGUUUAGGUUGCCGUUAACGAGUGAGAGGUUGAGGUUGGCGUGUGGGGAUCGGUUGGUGCAAAAAGCCAAGGUGGAGCAGAAGGAGGGGAAGGAGGGGAAGAAGGGGUUCUUUGUUUAUAUCUAG